AUGGCCUCUGAGACCGAAGUACCUCCUGAAUUUUCUACUAUGUUUGAAAGGUUUUUGAGGAAUAGAGACCUCUCUUUGUUUUUACCUUUUAUAUUAGGGUUCGGCUCCACUAACACCACAGAGCAACGUGACCCAGAUCAAGAAACACCACAAACAUCUGACCAAAAUGAAAGAAUCAUCCUUGUAAACCCCUUCACCCAAGGUAUGGUGGUGAUUGAAGGGGCUGCAAAUCUUGAAUCUUUACUUAGAGACGUAGGUAACAAGAGCGGCCAGCCACCAGCCUCAAAAGCAUCCAUAGAGGCCAUUCCAAGUGUGGAGAUAGGGGAAGACAAUAAAGAUGGCGAGUGUGCUAUCUGUUUAGAAGAGUGGGAGCUUGGCGGGGAAGCAAAGGAGAUGCCUUGUAAGCAUAGGUUCCAUGGUAAUUGUGUAGAGAAGUGGCUAAAGAUUCAUGGGAAUUGCCCUGUUUGCAGGUACAAGAUGCCUGUUGAUGAGGAUGAGUUGGGGAAGAAAAGAGCUGAGGGAGAUGGAGGGAGAGAGAGGAGGAGAGCUGAAAGAGAGAUUUGGAUCAGUUUUGCUUUUAAUGGUAAUAGGAGAAAUGGAGAUUCGAAUGAAAAUCCUUCAAUUGAUUCUUCUGAUGUGUCUACUUCAAGUCCAAGUGCUGGUCAUGAAACGGAGGGUUGA